AUGGGUUGCAAUUUCUCUGACGUUCAUCAACUUCCUUGGGAAAGCAUAUAGUUUAAGAGAUUCAAAGAUUCAAAGCUCAAUGAAUAUUUUAGCUAUAUAAGGAAAACUUUUAUCACAGAUUUGCUUUAGUUCUCGAGUUAGAUAUCAAAGGAUAGAUAAAAGUUGCUUAAAAAUUUGCAGAUGGAUGUGCUUGAUCUUCACUACGAGCAUCCUUAUAAUCCAGCAUUGUUUUACGCUUUGAAUACUUAUUGUGAUGGUAGCAUGGUUGAACAGUUAAACUUGAAGUUCUGUGACAUUAUGCCUUAUGCUGACUUAAAUGUCCUUAAAUUAAGUGAUGAAAUGAGAUCUUAUUGGAAGGAAUUCAGUUUAUUUGUAGGAUCAUUGUGCGAUAGAGAAAAAGACUUAGACUAAUUAGAUGAACAAUACACUUUUGUUUAUCAAGAUACACUUACAAUUAUCAAAUAGUUCCAUCCAAAUAUUAAUUUAGAUCCUUCGAGUGAUACGAUAUCAGCAGAUAAAUUGAUCAACUACAAUAUUUAUCAGCUGAGAUUGUGUAGAGACUGUAUAAAGCAUUGUUAUCAUUAGCUUAAUAGAGAUUUCAAGGGUCUGAAAGAUGCUAUUCAUGAAAUUCAAACUACUCCUAAGACUAUGAGGAGGAUCGCAACUGUUUGUAAAGUUGAUAAUCUAAGCUAGCCCUGGGAAUGCUAUACUAAGGUAGCAAGACUCAGGAAUCUUAACAUCAUUCCACAUAAAGAAAUCGAAUAUGAGAUUAUAAAUAAGCAAAUAUAUGCAGAGAAACAAAAGAAAUAGAAACUUAAAUACUUAAAAUUUAUCAAGAAGUAACAUAAUUUUGACAUCAAGGAAGGCCUUGAUCAGGAGGAAAUAGAGCUACUAAAAGAUAAGAUUGCUCUCACAAUGAGGAAACUUCCAUCAUUAAUAGGUAUAGAUAAUAUUGAUAAGAUGGCAAAGAGGAAGUUAUUAAAUGUAAAUAUGGAUAAAACUCCUUUCAAAAAUCAAAAGUCAAAAUAACAAAAUAACCUGAUAAAUCAAAGCGAGAUGAAAUUAGUUUAAUACGAUGUAGAUGAGACUAACAUUACAUAGGGCAAUAUGCUACAUGAUAAUACAAGAUUAAUUGAUAACAGCAGAAUGAACAUUAAUGAAAUAUCUCCAAACAAGGAUGGAUUUGAAGAUGUGAGCAUUAUUGACCAUUUAAAUUAUUCAAGACAAAAGACAAGAAGUGCUGGAGGGAAGUCUAAGAAAAGAUUGGCAAGGAAGCCUAUUGAUCUACCCUCAAUAAAUAUACUUCCAAUAGAUCUAAAACCUGUUUCCAUUAAGGAUGAUGCAUAUCUUUAUAACAUUGAUUUUGCUCCGAAUUCCUUCUAAAUGGCUUAGAGAAGAUAGAUUACUCCAAUCAAUUAGUAAAAAAUACAGUUGUUCGACUAAGAUUUCUAAGUAAAGAGGAGAGUCCACAAAGAUGACAAUGAUUUCUUAAAGAGAGAUUCCAUAUUGCUUCUCAACUAAAAUAAUGAUUAGCAAGCUAUUAAGAAUAGCACUUUCACUAACCUCGAUCCUAAUAUAAAUGAAGGCAAUAAUCAUUUCUUGCUUUGA